AAGAAGCGCACUGCCUCUGUCCAAGAUGACUUGUCAAUAUCAGAAGCCUCCAGAUCAGUCUUCUAAAACGUCUUCUUUUGCCAUCAGUACAUAUGGUCAGCUCAAGCUGUCCGUCUUCAAGAAGCAUGAAAUCCUUGUUGUCAGUGUUUUGGAGGCCAGAGACAUGCUGAGUGAAUGCCAAGGGCCCUGUAACUCCUAUGUUAAGAUUGGUAUGUUUCCCAGCAGUGACCCUGGAGAAAGGCAGAAGACCCUGAUGGUCCCUCAAUGUAGAAACCCUGUCUAUUUGCAGACCUUUCACUUUGCAAUCAGGGAAGGAGACCUUCAUAAGAGACUGCUAUUUACAGUUUGGAACUCCGACUUAACGUCAAGAGCCACGGUGAGAAAGGAACUGGGCAGCACAAUUCUAGAUAUGCUGGAGGUUUUGCAGGCUCUUGCCAGGGAUCCAGACAAUGAGGAUAUUACACUAGCCCAACCUAGAGGAGAUGAAGGCAUGGAUCAACUUCUCAGCAUCUGA